AUGGUGAUUCUGUAUAGCGACGGCAAGGAGUAUGUCACCGUGGUCGACAUGCUGCUGAACGGCUUAUUUGUCAACGGUGAGAAGCUAGGACUUAACGGCAAACGGGUGCUUCAAAGUGGCGAUAAGCUUGAGUUUGCCAAAGCUGGUGGUGUCUAUAUUUUUCGAUAUAUCCGUGACGCCGAGGCGGAGACGAAAGCGACGUUCUUUGACGAUUAUAUCUUGGGCGACCAGCUCGGUCUGGGCCACUACGCCGUGGUGAAAGAAGCCCGCGAGCGGGCGACGGGGGAAGUGGUGGCGGUAAAGAUUUUCCACCCAAAGAAGCAGCUGCUAAACCAAGAGUCCGACCAAAACGACCAGCGGCUCGACCAGGAAAUGGAGUUACUUUUGCUGAUCUGCCACCCCAACAUCGUCAAGUUUAAGGGUCGCUACGUGGAGCCGAUCAGCGAUACUGCCGUCACCAACUAUUUGGUGCUUGAGAAGAUGAAUCUGGGGGAGUUGUUCCAGCGCAUCAUCAACAAGGGGAAAUUGGGUCAGCUGGAGACUCGGGAAAUCUUCAAGCAGAUCCUCUCGGGACUCCAUUACCUCCACACUAAUCACAUCAUCCACAGAGACAUCAAGCCGGAAAACAUCCUCUUGGAUAUCACCCCCACCACCCAUCCUGACCAGCGGCCCCAUGGACCUUGGGAUGAAGGCGAACUCGACGUCAAGGUGAAGAUUGCUGAUUUUGGUCUUGCAAAAUUCAUUGGCGAGCUCCAAUUUACUCAUACGCUAUGUGGCACUCCUGCCUACGUGGCGCCCGAAGUGCUCACCAAGAACCGCAACUAUACCACUAAAGUCGACGUGUGGCUGGCUGGGGUGCUUCUCUACGUAUGUCUCUGUGGGUUCCCGCCGUUCUCGGAGGAGUUAGCGCCACCGUCGAUGCGGGAGCAAAUUACUUCCGGACGUUUCAACUUUUACAGUCCUUACUGGGACGAAAUCCACGACUACGCCCUCGACGUCAUUGCCAAGAUGCUUGUGGUUGACAGCGACUCCCGCUAUACCGUUGAGGACGUCCAGCACCACGCGUGGUUUGCCGACGACCUCGAGCUGGACGAGUCACAGCUCCAGAUACCCAGCUCAUUAGAAAUGAGCCAGACACAAUCGGAAACCAGUCAGGGGGAUAGCCACGGCCGCCGCAUCGCUACCCGCCACGACUCGGUGCCCAUCACGUUGAAGGAACGAGCAGAGUCGCUCAUCUCUGCCAAUAACUGA